GUAGAACUGGGAGGAGAGAACGCAUAAUUGCAGACAGGAAGGGGACGCUCCACCUGUCUCCUUCCUGAGGUCUUAUACAGGUGCAGGUCCAGGCGAGAGUACCACGGAGUGUGGAUCAUGACGAAGGCGGUGAGUUGGAGAGGAGAAGGACCUCAAACUCGUGCAUCGUUGAGAAUGGGCAUCAGCCAGGCGCAGGUCCAGGUGAUGGACUCCCUGAGAUUGCCCAAAUGUUCCCUGCACCGGAGCCCCCCAAGCCUCGCCCCAUGAGCCUCUCUUUGCGGCUGCCCCAUCAGCCGGUCACGGCCAUCACCCGAGUCUCCGAGAGGUUCUCUGGAGAAACCUCAGCCGCAGUUCUGUCUCCCACGUCUGCUGCUAUCCUGGGGGGCUUCAGCCCAAGCCCCAGUGAGGCCACCACACCCUGGACUCCCAGUCCCAGUGAGAAGAAUUCCUCUUUCACACGGUCUCUAUCGAGCUCUGGCUAUGGGGCAGUGAUGGCAAGCAAGCAUGACAGCCCUCCACUGGUGACGCCACCCCAGUCACCUGUGUCCAUGCAGCCGCCAGCCACGAUUCAGGCCCAUCGGCAGGGAGAGCGUCGCAGGGAGCUGGUGAGGUCACAGACGCUGCCGCGCACCUCGGGGGCACAGGCCCGGAAGGCGUUGUUUGAGAAGUGGGAGCAGGAUACAGCGGGCAAGGGGAAAGGCGAGACCCGGGCCAAGUUGAAGCGGUCCCAGAGCUUUGGCGUGGCUAGUGCCAGCAGCAUUAAGCAAAUCCUGCUCGAGUGGUGCCGCAGCAAGACUCUGGGCUACCAGCACGUGGACCUGCAGAACUUCUCCUCCAGCUGGAGUGACGGCAUGGCCUUCUGUGCCCUGGUGCACUCCUUCUUCCCUGAUGCCUUCGACUACAAUGCCCUGAGCCCUACACAGCGACAGAAGAACUUCGAGCUGGCCUUUACCAUGGCUGAGAAUCUGGCCAACUGUGAACGCCUCAUCGAAGUGGAGGACAUGAUGGUGAUGGGCCGCAAGCCAGACCCUAUGUGUGUCUUUACCUACGUUCAGUCACUGUACAACCACCUGCGGCGCUUCGAGUAAAGCCCUUGGGCCUGGAGAGCUGGAGGGCAAGCCCAGGAGGAGACUGAGGGGACUGCUUGCAUUCCCCGAGUCGGGAUGGCCCCUGAAGAGUUGUCUUUUGCAGUGAGCGUGCUAUUUGUUCUGUGGUGUGUGACUCCGCUCCCCUUCGUGCCCAGCUGUGUUGCUGAUUAAAAGCACCGCUGAGCUGUGCUCUGACAGUGCUGACCACAGCCACAGGCUUGAAGGAAAAGAAAAAAGAGAGAGAAAUUGGUGCUAAGUAAUGACCUUCUUAAAGAAAUGCUUGUCUUUGUAGAUUCCAGAAUGCUAAAUUACGAUUUUCCCUCUGGUGGAUUUGAUACGUCGGCUUUACAGGGUUACAUUGAUUACCAAGUGUUUUUUAUCAAAAUAUCCAGAGUUUUUUACUUCCUCACACUAUUGUAGGCUCCUUUCCUCCCUCCCUCUGGGCCACUGCCAGGAAACAGAGACCGCUUAAUCAGCAGCUUGACAAAGAAGAACGAAGUCUUGGGAAGAAACAGUUUAAUCACUCCCAAGUCCUGGGCAACAGAUGACCUUCAAGUCACCUCCGCUCUCUGGGGGAGAUAGGAAGGCUCUUGCCUUCAUCCCAAAGUGCUCCUGUUCUUCCCAGGAGGCCCCACAAGUGUUUGGCUAAGAAUAGGCUCUCCAGAAGUUAACACUUUUGGGGAAGGAUAGGCCCUUUGUGCUAAGAGAGAGUUUUUCCUGACAUCUUUUUUAGGGAAUUAGCUGGAGAUAUUUAUAAAAAGUAACUCCCUCUGUACCACUGACCCAUUUGUACAUAAAAAAGAUGUGUUGACCUUUG